AUGAAAAGUAAAAACAUCAAUGUUGCUCCUGAUCUUAAUUCAGUCCUACAGAAGAAAGUUAAACUUUAUGAAGAUAGCCAAUGCACUACACUUUUAAAUGAAAACUCAAAUUCUGUUGAAUCCAUUCCUACAUUAUCAAAAAUAGCAUCAAAAUAUCUUAAUAAACCUUCUCUUAGGGAAAGAUUUCAAUAAAUUAAUGAAACUGGUAACUUAUAAACAAGCAAAUAUUAUUCUUUAAUUUCAAUCUUAUCAGCUAUUGACACUUAAUUAUUAUUCCUAAAAUAAAGAGUAUUUAAAUAUAUAUAUAUAAUUAUAGAGAGAAUCAUUAUUUUGGCCAAAUAUUGUAAAAAGUUGUUAUGAUUCUUAAUAAUUAUAAGUAACUACUCGAUAACUCUAAGAAAUUUUAACUGUUUGGAAUUAAGGUUACAUCAUAAAUUGGGAAAAGUUUGAAAAACAAAAUGGAAAUUAUGAACUCCUACUUAAAUUUCCAGAUAAACAAUUAUUAAACUCAUAAGAAUUGAAUUCUAGAAAAGAAUUAUUUAAAGAUAAAUUAGAAUCAUUUCUAUAAUUUAAUGGAGAUUAUAUAGAACCAUUUAAAUUACCUUAUAAACCUUCAUAUUCUGAUCUUAAAAUUAAAAAAGAUAAUAAUCAAUAGAUUAAAAGUGAUUGUGUACAAUUCUCACAAUCCAUAAACAUUACCAGAAUCUUUUAAGAUAAGGAUAAGCCAAAUGAUAAUAAACCUUUAUCUAGUGUAUCCUAAAAACUAAUUGAUAAGCUUAGAGAAAGGAAGUUACAGGAAAAGCAAAAGUCAGAUGAAUCAUAGGAUGACAAAUAAUAAUCCUCAAAAAAGUAACACAUCUUAGUUGCUACUAUGUUGCAUUAAUACUACUAAUAAAGAGAUGUAUCAAAUAUGUUCUUGAAUAAUGUACUUAAGUACAUUCAUGAUCAUAAUUCAAAUGUUCUUAUGAGUAUUGAAUAGAUUAAAACAAUCAUAAGUAUGAUAUUCAAUUCUAUUAAGUGAAUCUUAUUUAAACAAUUGAGAAUUGGCUUUAAUUAAUUGAUAAUCCUGGAGGGUAAAUUCUCAGAUUAAACAAAGAAAAAGAUAUACCAAAUAUUAUCAACUAAUUACAAUGA